GUUUCAAUUCAAUGAACAUGCUCAGUGUCCGGUACGCGACGUCAGCAUUUUAUACCGGCUUUACAGGUGCGAAAAGGCUGUGUACAGGAAAGUUGGGUUUUCAGCAAAAAUGGGCUUCGUGAAGGUGGUGAAAAAUAAGGCGUACUUCAAGAGAUACCAGGUGAAAUUCCGGAGAAGGCGAGAGGGGAAGACCGACUACUUUGCCCGAAAGCGACUGGUCAUCCAAGACAAAAACAAAUACAACACGCCCAAGUACCGGAUGAUUGUGAGGUUUUCCAACAGAGACAUCUGUUGCCAGAUUGCCUAUGCCAAGAUCGAGGGAGACCAGAUUGUGUGCGCCGCCUACUCCCACGAGCUGCCCAAGUACGGCAUUGCUGUGGGGCUCACCAACUACGCCGCAGCCUACUGCACGGGCCUGCUGCUGGCACGUCGGCUGCUGAACAAGUUUGGCCUGGACCAGGUCUACGAGGGUCAGGUGGAGGUGACCGGAGAUGAGUUCAACGUGGAGAGUAUAGAUGGCCAGCCGGGCGCCUUCACCUGUUUCCUUGACGCCGGGCUUGCCAGGACGUCCACGGGAAACAAGGUCUUCGGCGCUCUCAAGGGUGCCGUCGACGGCGGCCUCUCGAUUCCUCACAGCACAAAACGAUUCCCUGGCUACGAUAUGGAGAGCAAAGAAUUCAACGCAGAGAUGCAUCGCAAACACAUCAUGGGCAUGAAUGUGUCAGACUACAUGAGCUACCUGAUGGAGGAGGACGAAGACGCCUACAAGAAACAGUUCUCACGCUUCAUAAAGAACGGAGUCACGCCAGACACAGUAGAGGAGAUGUACAAAAAAGCACACGCAGCCAUCCGAGAGAACGCAGUCCAUAAAAAGAAACCGAAAAAAGAAGUCAAAAAGAAGAGGUGGAACCGUGCCAAACUUUCGCUGGCACAGAGAAAGGACCGCGUUGCCCAGAAAAAGGCCAGCUUUUUACGAGCCCAAGAAGCACAGGCGGCGGAUGGAUAGAGGGACAGGGGACACCUGCUCUCGCCAAAUAUGCUCUAAUAAAAUGUUCAGUGACUGCU